GUUUUCUCCAAAGUGGGGAGAAAAGUGUGUCAAGAAGCCAAAGGGAGGGCUUUAAGCAGAUAAUUGGGAAUUCUGGACUACUGUUGCUGAGAUGAGUGGAAUCAUGGGAAGAUUUUUGUCUUGUUGGAGCUACCUCUUUCUUGGAAUAUUGCCCCUUCAGAUGGUGUGCACACAAUCUGCAAAAACUUGUGUUGUCAGACAUGAAGUGGCUGAUUGCAGUCACCUGAAAUUGACCGAAAUUCCUUCUGAUCUCCCAACCAACAUCACAACCUUGAACCUCACCCACAAUCAACUCAAAAGAUUACCAGCUGCAAAUCUUACAAGAUACAACCAACUCAUCAUCUUGGAUGCAGGGUUCAACAGCAUCUCAAAGCUGGAGCCAGAAUUGUGUCAAAAUCUGCCUCUGUUGAAAGUUUUGAACCUUCAACACAAUGAGCUGUCCCACCUUUCUGAUGCCACAUUUGCCUUCUGCAUAAGCCUUACAGAACUUCACUUAAAGUUCAACUCAUUUCAGAAAAUUGGUAACAACCCUUUUAAAAAUUUAAAGGAUUUACGUCUGUUAGACCUAUCUCACAGUGGUUUAUCAUCUACAAAAUUAGGAGCUCAGGUACAACUAGAAAAUCUCCAGGAACUUCUGUUAACUAACAACAAAAUCCAUACGUUGAAAAAAGAGGACUUUGAUUACCUUGGCAAUUCUUCCUUGAGGAAACUCGAUUUGUCUUCAAACCAACUGAAAGAGUUUUCUCCAGGAUGCUUUCAGUCAAUCGGAAAAUUAUGUGGCCUUUCACUGAACAACAUUCAGCUCGGGCCUGAACUCACAGAGAAGCUCUGUGUAGAAUUAUCAGGUACAAGUGUCCAAAGCCUCUCCCUGAGCAACGUGCAACUUAGCAAACUUUCCAACAUGACCUUCAGAGGCCUGAACCAGACAAACCUCACCAUGCUUGACCUUUCCCAUAAUUCUUUGUCAGUGAUCGCUAAUGACUCUUUGGCCUGGCUUCCCCACGUGGAAUGGCUCAGGCUGGAGUAUAACAGCAUCACUCAUCUAUUUUCCCGCUCCUUUUAUGGACUCUCCAAGGUAAAAUACCUGAAGUUGAAAAGAACCUUCUAUAAACCAAGAAAUGCCAUGUUUUCCUUUUCUAAGAUAGAUGAUUUUUCCUUUCAGUGGUUAAAAUGCUUGGAAUAUCUUAGCCUAGAGGAUAACUCCCUUUCGGGCAUUACCAUCAAUAUGUUUACGGGACUGACAAGUCUGAAAUCUCUAAGUUUGUCUAGCUCCUUUGUGAAUUUGCAAACUCUAACUAACAUCACCUUCUCAUCCCUUGCUCAUUCUCCCUUACUUACUCUUAACCUGACUAGGAACAAAAUCUCUCAAAUAGAGAGUGGAGCGUUCUCUUGGUUGGACCAUCUGGAGGUGCUUGACCUGGGCCUGAAUGAAAUUAAUCAGGAACUUACAGGCCAAGAAUGGAAAGGUCUGGAAAACAUCGUGGAGAUUUACCUUUCCUACAACAAAUACCUGAGACUGACCAGUGACUCAUUCGCUUCAGUCCCAAGCCUCAAAAGACUGAUGCUCCGCAGAGUGGCUUGCAAACAGCUGGAUGUCUCUCCAUCCCCUUUCCAUCCUCUUCGGAAUCUGACCAUUCUCGACCUCAGCAACAAUAACAUUGCAAACAUAAAUGAUGACAUGUUAAAAGGACUCGAUCAGCUAGAAAUUCUGGAUCUGCAGCACAAUAACUUGGCUCGGCUUUGGAAACAUGCUAAUCCUGGUGGACCUGUUCUUUUCCUAAAAGGCCUUUCUCACCUUCACAUACUUAAUUUAGAGUCUAAUGGCUUUGAUGAAAUUCCAGCAGAUGUCUUUAAGGGUUUGUCUCAGCUAAGGACGAUCGAUUUAGGAUUAAACAAUCUGAAUUUACUUCCAGACUCUCUGUUUGAUGAUCAGACAUUCCUGAAGUCUUUGAGCCUGCAGAAGAAUCUUAUAACAUCUGUUGAGAAGAGCGUUUUUGGACAGGCUUUCCAGAAUUUGAAUGCUUUAGAUAUGAGUUUCAAUCCAUUUGACUGCACCUGUGAAAGCAUAGCCUGGUUUGCUAACUGGCUUAACGGGACCCACACAAAUAUCGAGGAGCUGCCCAGUCACUACCUCUGCAACACCCCACCACAGUAUCACGGGACCUCAGUGAUGCUCUUCGAUAUUUCUCCCUGCAAGGACAGUGCCCCCUUUAAGAUACUCUUCAUUAUAAAUACCAGUUUUCUAUUCACUCUGAUUUUUGUUGUCAUGCUUGUCCAUUUUCAAGGAUGGAGAAUUGCCUUUUACUGGAAUGUGACUAUACAUCGAGUGCUUGGAUUUAAAGAAAUCGAUCGCCAGGAAGAGAGGCUCGAGUAUGCGGCCUAUGUGGUCCAUGCCCGAGAAGAUGCGCGAUGGAUCUGGGAGCAUUUCUCCCCUAUGGAAAAAAAAGACCAUUCUCUCAGAUUCUGCCUGGAAGAAAGGGAUUUCGAAGCUGGUAUGCCUGAACUUGAAGCCAUAGUCCACAGCAUAAAAAGGAGCAGGAAGAUUAUUUUUGUUAUAACACGAAAUCUCUUGAAAGAUCCCUUGUGCAAAAGGUUCAAGGUGCACCAUGCAGUCCAGCAAGCAAUUGAACAAAAUCUGGAUUCCAUUAUUAUGAUUUUUUUUGAAGACAUUCCAGAUUAUAAACUGAAUCACGCCCUUUGUUUAAGAAGAGGAAUGUUUAAGUCUCGCUGCAUUUUGCAUUGGCCAGCUCAGAAAGAACGUGUCCAUGCAUUUUACCAGAAAUUACAAGUAGCACUUGGAAUGAGAAAUAAAGCACACUGAAUUUCUUUGUCUUAAAGAUGAUAUACUUAUGUUAGGAUGUUUCCCAUCAUCAUACAUUCCAGAAUAAAUUGGAGUUGUAUUGUAAGUCAGAGGUGGCACUCUCUUCCACAAUUUAUAUAUGUUUUUGUUGCUCUUAAAUGAUACUCUCAUUUAAAAAAAAUAAAUGUUAUAUUAAUGCUUUUUAAAAAUACAUAGUCAUUUUCCAU